AUGUCAGACAUCAAGGCCGCCCUCCCGCCAACAUGCACAGUCGUUGUCCCAACAGCAGACACACCCAUCCACGAGGCAAUCCCGCGCUGGUCCGACGCGCUCAUCUCCCUCCCCUACGCCAUCGUAACGCCCUCAACCACCGCCGACAUCACCGCAGCAAUCGCCUAUGCUGCCGCCAACAACCUCCGCAUCAUCCCCGCGGCGGGCGGCCACGCGUCCUUUGUCCCCGUCACCACGCAGACCAUCUACCUAGACAUGCGCAGCUUCCAGGACGUCGAGCUCGAUGAGGUGAAGCAGCAGGUCACCAUCGGCGGCGGAUGUCUCGCCGGGCGCGUUAUGAAGAGCCUGGCAGAGAAGGGAUGGUACACGGCGGUGCCGAACUCGGAUGCUGUGGGGAUGGUGGGCGCGUUGCUCGGGGGGAUGAAUCAUCCGCUCAUUGGGCUGCAUGGCAUGGGGAGCGAUUGCGUGCGCGGGAUCACUGUGGUUCCGUUUUCAAGAGCUGGGGGAGAGGUGGAGCCGGUAACGGUGGGUCCGGAGUCUGAGGGCGAGGAAAGAGCAUUGUUCGAUGCGCUGCGUGGUGCCGGACAUGGGCUGGGCGUCGUUACCAGCGUCACGCUGCAGGUGUGGCGGAUCGGCGCGCUGCGGCUGUCCGACGGCAAGGUCUGGACGCGUAGACUCAUGUUCCCUGCGUUGCAGCUCAGCACGGCAACACGUGCAUAUAUCUCUCUGGUUCCGCCUGCGCCGCAACUCGCGCCCGUGCUGGCGUUCCUGCGCGCUCCGCCCUCGGCCCUAAACCCCGGAGCGCCACUGGUAAUGCUCGCGGUGAGCUAUUUUGGGCCGGCGGAGGAGGCGGAGAGGGUGUGUGCGAGAACUUUUGAGGACGGGGUGGUUGCUGCUGCGGGGAGUGCGGUGACGGGGAUGGUGGAGUGGGGGAGGUUGAAUGAGGGGAAUGCAGUAUUGAACAGGCAUGGGGGGUUUAAAGAGUAUCAUAGCGCAUUUGUUAGAGAGUUCGAUGAGGAGGGUAUUGCGCGGGCGUUUGAAGCGUGGGAAGCAUUUACGCGGAAAGAUGUGCCGGGCCGGGGAGCGAGCUACGUGGUUCUAGGGUCGUGGAGCGCGGAGAAGAUGAUGGAGCGUGGAGGAAGGGGGUUCUUUAAUGCAAGAGAUAGGGGCACUUUUGUACAAGCCACGCCUUGGUAUGUGGAGGCUCGAGAGGAGGAGGCGGAUGAUUUUGGGAGGGGAGUUUUGGAGGCGAUUAGGGGGAGAGAUCGGAGUGUGGGUAGGAGGGAUUGGGGUUUUGGGAAUAAUUUGCUGGCCGGGAUGGAUAUGCGUGAGGUGUAUAGCGAGGAGCAGAUGAAGGAGGUAAGCGGGGUGAAGCGGGCUUGGGAUAACGCGGGUGUGGGGUGGAGUCCUGCGGUUGAGGGGUGGUGA